CUCUUCUGUAAAGCUAGCUCAUCACACCGAUAAUGAUAAGACAAUGCAUUGCCAGAAGGUUGACGGCCAGGUUGGCUCGACCUGUGCCGGUGAAUUAUAUUGGAGGUCGUUUUUACAGCGAUAAAAAGGAUAGCAAUGAUAUCAAGUAUAGAUCAAUCGAAGAUUUCAACAAGAUGAAAAAGGAAUAUCUGUUUGGAGACAUUGAUGAAGACGUAGCAAAUCAGACAUCUCGAGAUAUCCACGAUAAGAUAAAGGAGAAGAAAGAACCAGAAAUUGAAGAAGAUGAGGACAAUAUUAAGUCAAUUAUUGAAAAAGAUCCAAGAUUAUUGAAAUUUAAACCAGGAAGUCCAGAUUAUAAAUAUGAAUUAAGUAAACUUCAUGAUGAAUUUCAAGUUGAACUGGCCAAAUAUGAAAAACAACAAGAGCGUAGAGAACGUAUUAAGGCUCUAGCAACCGGGAUUGCCUUAUUGGUAGGGAUUAUAACCACACAUCAGUUAAUUAUGAAUUACGAGUUUUUAUCAAAAUGGAUAAAAAAUAAAUUCAGUUAUAGAGAUGUUAAUGAAUCAAAAGUUAAGGACUUAACCGAUCCUUCCAAGAAUAGAAAAAACAUUGAUUAUAUGAUCACCAAAUUAUUAGAAGAAUUUGAGAAAAAUCCUGAUAUUAUUAAUAAUUUAGCUGAUUCUAAUAAACAAAGUGGAUUAUAUAUAUUUGGUGACUAUAAUAAACUGAAAUUACCAAUUAGAAUUCCAUUUUUCAAUGAUAUUUUAAUAAAACAAGUUGUUAUUUCUAAAAAUUACAUUGUUGUUAUUGAUGAAUCAGGGAAAGUUUACCAUUUAACUAGUGAUUCUGAAUCUAAGUUAAUGAAAUUACCUCCAAUUGAAAAAGCCCAUAUAGCUAAUGAAUUGAUUUAUUAUUUGAAUAAUAAAGGAGAAAUUCUAUAUGGGCCAAGAUUAGAUAAGCAAAAUGAUUUUAAAGGUAUUAAUAAAAGAAAUUGGUUAGGAAUAAAUAAAGAGCAAGAAUAUAAUAAGUUAAUUUUUGAAGGAUUAGAAAACGGAGAAAAAAUUAAUGAUUUCAGUGGUGGGUCUUAUCAUUUAUUAUUAUUAACUAAUAAAGGUAAAUUAUUUAUUAAUAAUACUAGUGGAGACCCAAUUAAUAAAGGACAAUAUGGGUUACCCAAGCUUUCACCGUUGACUGAGGAUUUAAAGAUUCCUGUGAAUCAACCAAUUGAAUUGAAUAAUUUGAAUAAUGAAAUAGUAUUAUCAAAAGAUGGAACCAAAUCAUUGAAAGACCGAAGAUUUAAUCAAAUUUCAAGUGGGAAGUAUCAUAAUAUAGUAAGUGAUUUACAAGGAAAUAUUUGGACAUGGGGUUCUAAUAUUUUUGGAGAAUGUGCUGGAGACAUUAGUUAUAAUACUGAUAUUCAACCAAUACCUAAAAAGAUAUUAACUAUUGAUGAUUUUAGUAAUUUAACUAAACAUUUGCUUAAAAAUGAUAAAAAUGAGUUUAGUUGGGGUAUAAAAAAAUUAUCGACUAAUGAUGAAACUAGUUUUAUUCAAUUAAGGUAUAUCGAUCAUGAAAACGAAUCUAAUACUCAAGAUAUUUUAAUGAGUUUUGGUAAUGGAAUUAAAGGGCAAUUAGGUAAUUCAAGAUACUUGCAUGUUUGUCCUCAACCACAGAUUAUUAAAUCAUUGAUGAAUAUGAAUGAAUAUAACGAAAAAUUAAAUAUCACUACUAAUAUUGGUAUUAAAGAUAUUUCUAGUGGAAGUAAUCAUUCAUUUAUAACAUUGGAUAAUUAUGGAGAUUAUAAAGAUGUUUUAACUUUCGGUGAUAACGAAUUUGGUCAAUUUGGUAAUGGUAAAAAAGUUAAGAAUUGUAAACCGAUUCAAAUACCAAAACUAUUAGAGCCAAAUGAUAUUGGUGAUAAUUUUAACGAUAAAAAGCAGAGGAAGAAAUUGGUUCGUAAGAUGAAUGACAUUAUCACCAGAAGACUACAAUUGUCUGACGGUAUUACUUUAGCCAAUGGUGAUUUGGUCGAACAAAUCAUUGUAGCAGGGGAAGACAGUUCUGCUAUUUAUUAUAAAAGAAAGUAAUUGUAUAUAGUGUAAUGGGGUGUGUGUGCUGUACGGGUCUACACGCUAUUUCAUAUUUCUGUUCAGCCGUAUAUAGGAGAUAUUCUACUUAAUAUUAUAUACUUAUAAUUU